GUACAGACCUCUUGUUUCAUUUGACGGAAUCGUGUCGAGUGGUUAUUCAUAAUAAAUUCACUGAUGUGGGUUCUUCAUGCGAGUGUUUGAAAUCAAAAGUAUUUGAACAAUAUAUUUUCAAGAAAUGAAAUGUUAUUCUAUUGACGCUACAAUACCGUAAUUCAAAUUCGUUUUGGUGAUAUUUUCUUGUACGAGUACUUUCAUAAAUAUUUAUCAUUUCCGUGUAAUUUGCGAGAUUAGCAAUCAUUUAUGACUUGGUAUAAUGUUUAUGCAGUACAAUGAUAAAAUUCUUACAACAGCUGCUUCAUAGCAAAUAAUGAAAAGAUAAAUGUAACAAUAACAAAAAUGAUCCUUUGCCUAAAAUAUACGUAUAUACAUACACUUAAUACACAUAGAUAUUGAGCAAAUUUGUGCAACGGAAAACAUUGUACGAGAAUUAAAAACCAUAUUAAGAAAUAUAAAAAUCAACCGAGUUAAAGUGAUUAUUUUGCUACAAAAUCGAUCAAAAUUUGUAUUGAAGGAUUGGGAUAUAUUAACAAAUUUCGUAAAUAAAACCAUUUCGUAUGUCAGCUACAACAAUUAGAGAUAAUCAAAAUAACGCUGAAGCCUUUGCGGGGGAUCCAGAACGAGAAGAUAGCAACUUGUUAAGAGAAUUAAAUGGAGUCGAUUUGGUAAUGAGUUUAUCGCCAAAGUCAUCUUUAUCAACUUCAAUUUCUCAAGCUCAUAAUAUCGAACAACAUCUUCUUAAACAAAAUUCGGGAAUUUCGUCUCCAGUCCAUGUCUCUUCACCAGCAGUUGCAGUCGCACAUCAGCAACACAACUUUUCGAAUAUACACCAUCUUCAGAAUUUGCAUAAUCAGCAUAACUCAUUUUUCAAUAAUAGCCAUUCAACGCCUUUCAGUGUAACUGAUAUAUUAAGUCCGAUUGAAGAGUCUUAUCGAAAAUUGGAAAUAAACGGAAACCCACCAUCGCCUUAUCGGUCAAAUUCUAGCGGUAGUAGUAUCAAUUCUCCUAGCACCUUAGGUUCAUCCACAAUGGCUAAUCCAUACACAAUGGGAUCACUGUAUCACAGUCCAGGUGUACAAAGUUACUGUGGACCAACGGAAAAUUUAUCUUUGGCAGGACAUUACAGUGAUAUGCGGUCAUCAGCUUCUUGGUAUGGAACAACAGCCAAUGAUCCAAGAUUCGCAAUAUCUAGAUUAAUGGGCAGUACUGCAACUGGGUCUAUGGGACAUAUGAGCAACAUGGGGAGCUUAGCAACGUGUACAGUUAGUGAUGCAAAACCACUUCAAUUUCCCUUAACACAACGAAGGAAGAGGAGAGUACUUUUCACACAAGCUCAGGUGUAUGAAUUAGAAAGAAGGUUUAAACAGCAACGCUAUUUAUCUGCUCCGGAGAGGGAACAUUUGGCAAGCUUAAUACAUUUAACACCAACUCAGGUAAAAAUUUGGUUUCAAAAUCAUAGGUAUAAAUGCAAAAGACAAGCUAAAGAAAAAGCCAUGGCCGAACAAAACCAACAAAAUCAGUCGGCAAGUUCGCCGCGGCGGGUUGCUGUUCCAGUCCUUGUGAAAGAUGGAAAGCCCUGCUCGGGUGGCAAUACAACUCAACCACACUCACAACAGGUUUCAGGCAAUGUAAAUAACAGUAGUACGGGAAACGCAGGCUCUGGUAAUGGAAACAAUUCUGCAGCGCCCGGAAUCAAUCUAAUUACGUCGGAAGCUCCAAACUCCCACUCACCAGACACGUCGUCAUCACUUCUUGCAACCUAUAAUGGGACAGUAUCAGCGCACAAUGCACAAGUCCUGCAGCAGCCAUGUAACAACAGCCUAGCAAUGUCCAAUAGCCUAGCAAUGGCAUACCGAAAUCAAAAUAAUUUUAUAUCUAAUGGACAUCAGCAACAGUGCGGGGGGUACCUGCCUCUGCAAGGAAGGGCGUGGUAAAACCGUUUUUGCUUUCUGUAUGAACUCUGUCAGCUCUGUAAAUGUUUUAAUGAUUUUGUUAUAUAAAUAGUUGAAACUAAAUGUACAUGAUGUGGAUCUUAUCUAAAAUACACUUAAAUUUUUAAAAAACGUGUUUUAAGAUUAAAAGAGAUGUUUUUAUAUACACCAUAAACUGUUACUUUAAUAAGUUUUUAUUCAAUACUAGAUAACAUUAGUACAUAGAGCGUACGGAAUUCAUCAUGACACAAAACCAGAAAAACAUGGUUAAUGUAUUAUUUAUUGACUGGUUAUGUGAAAUACGUUGUAACGCACGAUGUCUAUAAUAAUUCUCUCUGUCUGUUUGAAUAUAUAACUACUGACUUUACUAUUUUUAUGACUACUCUUAUGUGCCACUUCAAGAUGAACGCGGUUUGUAGAGAUGAACGCACGUGUCAUAACCGAGUUACCCAGAUUGGGAUGUAAACAGAGGUUUUAAAUUCUUAUGGUCACUUCAUAGACGGU